UGUGAUUACGCGAGGAAAGAAAUAUUGCCGACUUUAAACAGUAAUAAAAAGUAAACUGCAGGAUUACACAUGGAGAAUUUUUAUUUUCACGCCCAAAAACAAUAGAUCUUUUUAUUAGAAUGAAAAUAAUUUAGUGCCCCAUAUAUGGGAACGGGAUUAAACGUAAAACGUCUUCACCUUACGGCCUAUGUUAGCGAGCACCUCUUAAGGCCUGAACCGCACCCAAGGGAGGCAGCCAGCACCACGCGCGGCCGCUUUGGUCUCCCUGGUGGCGAUGUUUUCAAAGCACACACCUCACAGCACUUAUCCAAGAGAUAACCACGCAGAGAUAAAACUGUUGUAGUUAGAUUGCACUCACGGCUUCUGCCCUAAGGAUCUGCCGAUUGCUAUCUCAGUGCAUCUGGUGAUAGCACUGGGCGCUAUAAAAGCACGCCCGCUCUGACAUCUCACAUCCAGCUGAAGAGGAGAUUCAGAGCAAGGAGGAUAAUGGCUGUACAGGCGAAAGGCAAACCACACCGAGACUACCACUCGCUCUUCUCGGCACGCUCCUACCUCGAGAAGUACUACGAGCCGCUGCGCAUUGGCGACAAUAGCGGCGUGGAGGAGGUGGCUAUGUUCAACAUGCAGUGUCUGCACGAGGCCUACAUCAAGGGGCCCGUGAAGGGGACCAGGAUGCUGGAUGUGGGCUGCGGCCCCACCAUCUACCAGCUGCUCUUCGCCUGCGACAGCAUCUGCGAGAUCACCAUGGCCGACUUCACGCCCGCCAACCGCCGCGAGGUGGAGCUGUGGCGUGCAGACGACCCCAGCGCCUACAACUGGGACUCCUACAUCCGCUACGCCUGCCAUCUGCAGGGAACCCAAGGACAGGAGAAGGCGAGGGCAGAGAGGCUGCGGCGUGCGAUCAAGCACGUGCUGCCCUGUGACGUCUUGCAGAGCAACAUCGUCCACCCCGAGCAGCCGGCGCCGUUCGACGUCGUGCAGUCGUCCUUCUGCCUGGAGUGCGCGUGCGACACGGAGCUCAGCUUCCGUGCGGCGCUCCGCAACGUGGCCGCGCUGCUGGUGCCGGGCGGGUGGUUUGUGCUCAUCGGGGCCCUGGGUCAAACGGUCUACUACGUAGCGGAGCAGAGCUUCGCAGCGCUGCCCCUGAGUGAGGAUGUGGUGCGCGCUGCCGUGCACGCGGCGGGCUUGCAGGUUGACACGUUCCGCGUGCUCCCGCGACCCCAAAGCCUCGAGGAUCACCUCAGUGACCUGAGUGGCUUCUUCUUCCUUCUGGCCAAGAAGGGAUAGUCGAUGGGGCAUCCUGCCGAGAAUGUUGCUCCGUUGCUACCGAUUUGAAAAAUGCAUGCACCAGGCCAAUGGAUUAAAAAAUGUGGAUGGAUUAUGAAACUGCA